GACACUGCCGGUCCUCCUCCUCCCCUCCCCCGAGGCCCCUCCUCCCCGCCCAACCAACAACUGGGGCCCGGAGGCACGAUCCCUGCUCCCGGCAAUCCACCAGCCCGCCGCCACUCCCACCCCGCCCUGGACCCCGCCGAUGACCCCGUCCAACCUCUUCUGAUGAUCCCGGUGCUCAGAACCAACCACUAUUUCACUCAGUGGAAAAAAGACAUGAUGAACUUCGUGUGGUGUGGUAAAAAGGCUAGGAUGGAUGCUCGGGAGAGAGGUGGCUUCGGCUUACCAAAUUUACAGUCCUACUACGAGGCCUACGCACUGUCCUGGGUUAAGGAAUGGUCUACACUAAAAAAGAAAAAACUUUUAAAUCUAGAGGGCUUCAAUAUUAGGAGAGGAUGGCAUGCGUAUUUGUGGCACAGCAAGGUGAAAAUUGAAAAGAACUUCUCAAAUCACUUCAUAAGAGCUGCCUUACUGAAAGUGUGGGAGAAACACAAGGGGAGACUAUAUAGCAAAACACCUCUCUGGCUGUCGCCCAUCGAAGCCUCCCAUAAAAGAGAAAUGCCAAGUGAAAGAUGGCAUACUUACAAAGUACUAUUGGAAAGAAAAGAGAAUCAAUGGAAAUUAAAAUCUUUAGAGUCAUUGAGGGAAACGGAUGAGAAUCUCUCAUGGUUCCACUACAUGCAAGUAGCCGACUGUUUCAAGGAGGAUCGGAAAAAGGACUUCUCCUCGCAAGAGACAUUUUGGGAUACAAUAAUGGGGAAAGACAGAAAAGUAGUGAGAGCUCUUUAUCAGAAGUUGCUAGAAUGGGAGACAGAAACAGAAACAGUCAAGGAGAACAUGAUCACAUGGGCUGUCGAUUUUGGUCACACCAUUUUGCUUAGUGAGUGGGAAAGUGUAUGGAGGGGGAAAUUAAAAUUUGCAAAAUCUGCCAACAUAAUCAAAAACUGGCAAAAAGUCUUCCACUGCUGGUACUUAACCCCUCAAAAAUUAGCAAAAUUCUACAAAGGAGUAAACAGUGAUUGCUGGAAGUGUGGCGCACAACUGGGCACUUACUAUCACGCCUGAUGGCAGUGCAAAAAAGUGAGGAAAUACUGGCGGGAGGUUCACAAGGAAGUACAGAGAAUUCUGCAGACCAAAUUUGAAUUAAAAGCCGAGUACUACCUGUUGCAUUUACUAGAUUUUCAGCUAGAUCUUAAUAAAGAAAUGUUAUUGUUUCAUCUAUCUACAGCCGCCAGAACAGCGUUGGCAAGUAAGUGGAAAUCCAAUGAACUCCCAACAAUUGAUACCUGGUUGUUAAAAAUUAGAGACUUUAUGGAAAUGGACUCACUAGCGAAUAUGAUAUACGACACCAGCAAGAAAAGGAUUGACUGGCAUCCGCUAAGAUUUUAUUUAAAACAGAGAAAAAAUAUUGUUCUAGAGAUUAGGGAAGGGGACUAGUCGAAUCAAAAAAGAGUAACAAAGACAAAAUUUUCUUUAUAUAACCCUGCAGAUCCUUUAGGGAAGUUCAAUAGUUGUAUGUAACCCACUGUUUUUGUAUAUAACCCACUGUCCUGUCCUUCCCAACACUAUUCCCCCCCCUCCCUAGCCACACUACCACCUCCCCCUCCCUCCCUUUUCCAAAUAUAGGGAAUGUAUAUAUUUCUACCUGUAUGUUGUUAAUGUAUAUGAUGAAAGGAAAAAUUUACA